UCGGGUGGAGAACUGCUGUUAGUUUGCGCUGUGUUUAUUGUUAAGGUUGUGUGGAUUAGCACUGCGGUACACAGUUCCUUUUCAAAAUAUCAACAAUAUAGCUUUAAGAUGAGUUAAAGAUACGCGGUGAGUACUGCUUCCGCCUGUAUUACUGCACAUCCGCAUUUAGCAGUUUAACGACGCUAUUCGGCAUUGGUGAGGACAGAUUAGCUUUAAAUGAAGGCCAGUGUCUGCUUUUGGAGACAAUGUAAAGACUCAUUUUCUGUCUGUGUCUAUUUCCUGUCGGCCUGCAGAGCUUAUCAGCCCGUUUGUGCACUUAAAAAGAAAUUGAAUGUGUAACUUAGCUUGUACCUCUGUGUGUACAUCGAUGGUAAGCACCGCACUGCGGGGACGGACAGAGCCGGACUGACGGCUAGAGGAAAGACAGCAAAGUGCGGGGGCGGGGGUGGUGAGGGUGAGGGUGGGGGGGUUGCUUCAUAGACAAGAGGGAGGGGGAGACAGAGGAGGGAAUUUAAAGGGGACAGUCUUAGUAAAUGAUGUAUUUAUUACCAUUUCAGUUUGUCAGACCCAUCCUGAGAGGACAGCAGAGACAUCCAGAUCUACAACAUAUAAACAUGAAGAGAUGAAAGAGAAACCAUGACACUGACUGCACCAAAACUGACCCACAACUGCUGCUAAGGAAUCCCCUCAUCUGUACUUCUCUAAUGGCCAACUCAGUGGCCUUGGUGGUCCAAGCUGAACUUCUACCACCUCAGUCAACCACCUCCCUGUCUCCGUUCCCUUCCCUCCUCGGUUCAGGGGAGGAUGCUGAGGAUGAUGGGGAGAGAGCGGAACUGACAGAGGGCGACAAGGGAGUAGUGGAGGGUGGAGAAGAGGUGGUUCUGGACAUGGUGUCUUCGUCUGUGUCGGGGCCAGCCCAGCAGGCGGAGCAGUCAGACCAUCCCUUUCAGUGCAUGGACUGUGGGAAGAGUUUCAGGUGGUCCUCCAGGCUGACCCACCAUCAGCGGAGCCACAACAAUGAGAGGCCGUACCGUUGCAACCUCUGUCCCAAGGCCUUCAAGGGCUCCUCUGCACUGCUGUACCACCAACGGUAUUACCAAUAAAAUCUUAAAUAGCAUCCAUCAAAUUUUAAGUAGAGCUCAAGUAGCAUUUUCUAAAAUGUGUAGAUAUAAAACUUUUUGUUACCAAACAUAUAAAGGAUAAUGUAAUACCUGUGCAUUUGUAUAAAUGGUGUCAGUUUUUAAUAUUUCCAAUGAAAUCCCAGCAUCACUUCAUAACCUACAACAGCACUUUGAACACAUUCUGCAGCAGAUCAUCAAAGCAGAGUACAUGGUCCUCUGCACCAGAGUUGUUUGUUGAUGAAGCAGUUUUAAUCCAUAGUCAUACCACUGCACAUGUCUAUUUUAUGUCCACUCAAAAAUUCCCAAAGGUAUCUUCUGUAUCAGCGUUUAUGUUUGCACAGAAGAUGCUUUAUCUUUAUGUUCAUGCCUGAAGUGCAGUAUUAUAAUUAUAUAUAUAAUGUUAUACUAGCAGAGCACACUGGUUUUAGAAUGAUAUACCUUUGCCAAGCAUUGUUCAGUCCAAAAAGAGAUAUCACUGUGGUGGCCACCAUAUCAGAACUGUGCUGUAAUUGUCCACUUAAAAUGGUUGUUGGUAUUGGUUUAAUAGUCCCCGACUGGCCAAGCUCUGAUAUCUUGAAUAAAAGCAGUUAAAUGAAAAGUUUUGCAACAUAAUUUUACAACAUAUAGCACAUCUGCAUUUACAAACAGUAUGUCUAUUACGUAUUUGCCAUCUUUUGAAUUGUAACGUUUGUUUUGCAGGUCUCACUCAGGGGAGAAGCCUUACAAGUGUAAGGACUGUGGUAAAGCCUUUAAACGCUCUUCUCUGCUACAGGUGAGCCAUCAAAAACAAGGUUGUUAAAAAGACUAGGAUUUUUUUUUUCUUUUUUUACAAGGACAGCAGGGUUUCCCCUACAUGCAAUUGAACGUGGCACACCGCCACAGCUAAAUAAAAGCCGCCACACCUUUAAAAUGAGGUGUUUUCUUUCGUGGCUCUAUCUUGGACUCAUAUGCAUUGGUAUACAUACGUGCAUGCGCCUUGUAUUAGGAUUUAUUGUCGACGGUGUCACUGCUGAUUCAUUACCCCCCAGCCUCCAUUAACUCACCACCACAGUUAGAUUCCCAUCCUGGGGGAAACACUGGACAGGAUUUCAUAUAAAUUAGAGACAGAUUUCUUAUCCCUGUUGUUGUAUAUCUCUAGGUCCACCAGAGUGUCCACACCGGAGUCCGUACCUUUUUGUGCCCCUACUGCCCUCUGACCUUUAAGUGGAGUUCUCAUUACCAGUAUCACCUACGUCAGCACACUGGAGAGUGUCCAUACCCCUGUGACACCUGUCCCAAGGCCUUCAAGAAUUCGAGUAGUCUGCGGAGACACAAAAAUGUCCACCUUGGUCUCAAGCCUUACACCUGCUCAGUGUGCAACAAAUCCUUCACUCAGUCCACCAACUUGAGGCAGCACAUGAGGAUACACACUGGUGAGAGGCCCUACAUCUGCGGCGAGUGUGGACGCAGCUUCACGCAUUCAUCCAACCUGGCGCUGCACAAGAACUCACACUCCAAUCUCAAUGCAGGAGCAAAGGAGGGAAAGAGGGGGGAAGAUCCUAGUAAGGGAAAUGAGAUAGUGGAGGUGGUGGUAGGGACGGAAGAAGUGACAUCAUCCAUGUUGACAGACAUGGUAGGAUUUGUCAGUCAGGAAGGAAGUGAUGGAGUUGGGGUAGGUAUGGAAGAAGUGUUCCUGUCAACCACCUCAUCUGGUCAAAAUCCAAGCCUUCUACCCCAGCUUACUCUUACCUCCUCUGGAGAGAAUGUGUGUGCAUCAAGGGCCAUUGGGACAGAGGUUCACCUGAGCACAGACACAGGGGCCAGUGUGCUGCUGUACAGCUGUGGAAGCUGUAACCACACAUUUGGUACACGGACAGAGCUAGAGGAACAUCAGGCCAUCCAUAUGACUCCAGGAGAACAGAGAACCAGUGUGGAGGCGGGGCCUGGGGCAGGGAUGGAGGUUGGGGAUGGACUGGUGGGAGCUGGACACCUGUUGGCUGAUUUUGAGGAGGUGGUGGAGACAACCACAGUUGGGGAAAAUGGACACCCGACAGAGGUGCUUCUUGGCCUGACAGAGGGAGCAGAUGGAGGAAGUACAGUAAGUGAUCAGAACUACAAGCAGCUAAAGAGAAACAACCAUUAUUAUAACACCAGCUAACAAUGAAACUCUGAUGCUAAAUACACAAACAGUGAGAAAUGUCAAGUUUUUUUGAGUAAGGUGCUAAUGUGAGAAGUUAAGUACUGUCUGUAGUAUGUUUGGUGCACAGUGACAAUAAUCUCCAAGAACCCCUUCUGUUUGUGUUUUAUAAUUGAAGUUGAUCAAGAAAAGUUUUUUUCCCACCCUUCAAAGUAUUUAACAUUUAUCUGAGGAGAUGUUUUGUUUUGAUAUGCAUGACUUCUUUCUGUUUUUCCUCAGAGUGUAGCCACCACCCAGGCUCAGUUUGACCUGCUGCAGAGCUUCACCGAAGUGACUCAGAGCUCAGAGACCGUUCAGCCAGAGGCCAGAACUACAUGGGCAGGGCUGUCAUGUGGCUAUUGCAACAAGACCUUCAAAACCAGCGGAGGCCUCAACAGACAUGUUUCACUGGUGAGAAUGCCUUUUAUAGCUGAUUUCUACUAUCUUUACCAGAAAAACUAAUCGAGAUUUGUGUGUUGAAAUUAUCUUUGUCUCAAGUGUAUAACUCUUUUCCUGUGCAGAUGCACUCUCUGUCAUCACAGUCCCGUUCCCAGUUCAGCUGCUCCGCCUGCGACCGCUCCUUCCCCCUUCUGUCUUCCCUCCUAACCCAUCAGCACUCCCACACUCCCGAGCAAAGACUCCUGGCCGAGGCCGAGGCUGAGAUAGUGUGCCCUCCUUCUCUUUCCCUGUCUCUCCCCCUUCCCUCCUCUCCCAGCCAAGCUGACAAGCAGCAGGAGGGUCAGAGGGAAAUCCAUGUCGACAUCAUUACCGUCGCUGAGGAGCAGGAAGAACAACCUACAAAACCAACCAAAGCCCCCAAAAAGACAGGAGCCAGCAAGAGUACUCCCACUGGAGGUAGACAUUUUUACAACACUGCCUUUUACAUGGCAACAAAAGAGAUUUGAUCACACAGCUGUAACAACAAACAAAGCAACGUGCUUGUGCCGUCUCACAUGAUAUGGUUGGGAUAUGGUUUUAUAUGCCAUUUAUUAUCUUUAAUUUUCCACAUUUCUAAACACAGAGAGGCCAUACCGCUGCUCAGAAUGCGGAAAAGCCUUCAAAGGCUCAUCAGGGCUGAAGUACCACAUGAGGGAUCACACAGGGGAAAGGCCCUACCGCUGCACAGAGUGUGGAAAGAGCUUUAAGAGGUCAUCACUGCUUUCAAUCCAUCAGAGGGUAAGACUCACUCAUUCCUCUGUUGCAUAAGUGAACACACAAGUUCAUUUUCCAGAUGAAAGAUCUCUCAUAUGGGAUCUUAAUUUUAUGAUUUAUGUCACCUUAGAAUUUAUGAUUUCUCUAGUUCACAAGGACUGCAGCUGUGUAGGGUGGUUCACACCCUGCGGAUGAAUGCAAUCCACAACAGAUGAAUAGAAAAAGCAAUAAAAAAAAAAAAUCCAUACAACGCAAUAACACGCUUUGAGGUUCAAACUCUCCUGUGACUAUGUGGCUGAUAUCCCACAACACUUAAAUUGUAUCAGCAAUAACUUUGAUUGCAUCAUUCAAACAUUUUCCUGCUUGGCACUGAAGAGCUGCAUUGAGGUAUAAAAAAGUUGGAGAAAUAGAUUUCACUGCACUUUAAGUUGUUCUUGUAGCAAUUAACACUUUCAGAAUUAUGUCUUCAUAUCAAAUAACAACCACAAACUGCCCUGCAGAAAGUCUUUGGUUUUUGUGCUAUAAAUACAGCUGUAGAAAGUGCACAUUAAAAUUCUUUCCACUUCUAUCAUACCCAGGUUCACACAGGCGUCAGGGCAUUCCAGUGCCCCCACUGCCCUCUCACUUUCAAAUGGAGCUCACACUACCAGUACCACUUACGGCAGCACACAGGCGAGAGGCCGUAUGUGUGUAAGGAGUGUGGCAAGUCCUUUAAAAACACCAGCUGCCUGCGACGACAUAGUCAAAUGCACUCUGGACUGCGGCCUCAUACCUGCUCCAUCUGCUCCAAGUCUUUCUCACAAACUUCGAACCUCAAACAGGUCAGUACAGCCUGUGCACUUUUGUUUUGAUGAUUUAAUUUCAGUUGGGCUCUUAUCUUAUAAACCUUUUAUGUUUUUUUCCUUUUUUAUUCUUACUUUUCUGUGAGCAGCAUGAGCGCACCCACUCUGGAGAGAGACCCUUCCAGUGCACCCAUUGCAAUAAAAGCUUCACACACUCCUCCAACCUCCAGCUCCACCUUCGCACACACUCCUCAAGCAAGGACUUCAAAUGUCCAUACUGCUCAAAGGAGUUUGUCAUGCACUCCUACCUGCAGAGGCACAUACGCACUCAUGGCAGCAGUGUUCCCCUGCCCUGCCCGAAUGGUGGAGGUAGAGAUGGAGUGACUGUUAAAGCCAGUGUUGGAGGAGUAACUACCACCACGACCCUGCUCAACCCCAUCACAUUGGAAACCUCAGGAAACCACGGCAGCCUGAUUGUGUCCCAGCCAGCACUUAAUAUUCCCCCUAACACCUCCCAGAACUACUUUAUGAUUCAAACAGUUAGCGGCCUACAGCUCAUUCCUCUGUCAUCUCCAACACCAGCCCCCCCACCUCCUCCUCCUCCACCACCCCCUCUAUCCCAACCCCAAAAUUUCUUUCUUGUACAGUGCCCCUCCAACAAUGGCAGUCAGUCCAGCUUGAUCCUCGUCCCUGCGGCGAACAACCCUCCACCAGCUCCAGAGGCUCAGACCCUCCCUGUGCUUCAGUCUUUUCAAACACUCCAGCCUGUCCUAAACCAAACCCAGACCCAGAUCCCCCAGAUUCAGACCAUAUCACAGCAGCAGCAGCAGACCAGGAUCAUCAUCACUAACAAUAAUAACAAUGCAAACACUCAUGUUGCCACGCCAACUCACAGUCUUCUAUCCAGUUCCCUACUAACCAAGCCAAUAUUGGGGAAAAGUACCCGGACUGCACGGGGCAGACGGGGACGUAAACCCAAAGCUGCUCUUCAGAAAACUGCAUCAGUACCAGUCAGUGAGGCUGCAGGUGUAGCCCAGUCAGGAACCAACAAUAUCAUGACCAACGUUACACAGACUGUGAGUGCUGCUAACACUAUAACAGAGUCACAACCAUCACCAUCAUCUCCUCUGUCCACAACUUGCACUACUGUCCCAGUUCUCUCAUUACCCACCUCUGUAGCCCAAACAGUGGAUACCUCAGGACCCCCAUCGACUGGUACCACAAUUACACCAGCAACAACAGCAACCACAACAUCAGUUUGUCCUCCUGCCCUUGAUACUCUGGAAAGUAAACCUCUCCCUUCUGUGGAGCCAGCAAGGACAGAGGGGACUGUGUCGGGCAAACAGUUUGUGUUGUGUUUUGAUAAAGAGGGGCAGGCAAAGGAGGGGAUAAAUAUUGAAGAGGGAGGGGGAUCCUAUGUGUUACAGUUUCAAGGGGAUGGAUCAGGUGAGGGUGGAGGAAUGAGUGGGGGAGGAAAAUCACUUGUGUUGCAGUUCAAGACAGAUGGAGACGGUGAGGGUGAAAAGGGGGGAGAUAAGGGAGGGGUGAUGUCACUCCUGCAUGAGUGGGCGGGAGACAAGCAAGUGGAUGCACAGACAGGAGAGAGCAAUCAGGAAGAGUCUUAUGUCCUGCGUUUUCACACAGAGGCACAGGGGAGCAGCCAGUCCAGUAAUACCUUCAGCCAAGGGCAGGAAACCAGCCUACAGCUUUCCUGCACACCCACCCAAAGUUUGGUGCCCCUCAAUGGGCAGGAGGUGGUGUUUGAACUUGGGGGUGAGACCAAGAUGGAGCACGAAACUGAGGGGGGUAUGCAGAUGAUAGCCCUUAUAGAAGGUGAAGGGGGGAUGAUUGGAGAAGAAGGGGCAGGUUGCAAUACUGCAAGUGCUGGGGUUGCAGAGGGUGGUGGAGCCAUGGAUCGUUUAUUUCAGCUGGAGGGUGGAGAGGAAAUCGUCAUAAUUGAGGUUAGCACCAGUGGGUUAAGAGAAGGAAGAAUGGAGAGAGGAGGAGAUGGAGAGAUCUCACAAAGCAGUGAGGUCAAAUAUGAGGGCGUAACAGCAGAGGCCAAGGAUAAGUCAUUGGGCUCUACAGACAACACAGAGGUACAGACUUCAAGUGAAGAAACGAGAAGAAAUGGGCCUUUACCGAACUCUAAGGAGGUGCAGUUUUCUAGUUAAAACUGGUGUGUAUGAGAGUGUCUUUCUAUCUGUGGGCUCAGUUUGUUAGCACUUUAGUCAAAUUGAGUUCUCCUUGUACUGAGGAAGAACAUACAAGUAAAUGUGUUGUAAUCCCAUGGUGCCACAUACUAGAAAUGUUAUACAUUCAAAUAGGCUAUUCAUGGACCCUUGAAUAUUCUCAGAUAUAUCAGUUUAAACGAUACUGUCAUUGGCAGUUUGUUUAUCAAGUAAAUACAUUUUGUGUAUAUGAAUGUUGUACAUAGCCUGUUUUCUCGACUGUCAAUAGUAACUAUAAAUAAAUAUCUUAAUACAUUUCCUCAUCGGAUUUUCUCUCA